AGCCGAAGUCCCUAAAUUCUACAGGGGAAACAUUUAUGAUACAACACCGGUUAAAGGACAGAAGAGGUGAGGUCACUGCAGUCACGUGGCUUCUGUGAGUUCACUGGUCCUUUUGCGGCAAGGGAUCUAGCUGCUACUCGGGGAUAAAGUACUGGAACUUCUGGAAGGAAGCUGUGUGUGUGAGGCAGAGGCUCCUGUUACUGUGAAGAUCACGUACAAUAGACGUCACUGUGUUUGCCAGUAAAGGGGAAACAUUAUAAGAAUAUCUGACAAAUUCAGUUGUGCUGAACAAGACAAUGUCUGACAAGAACCAAACCUCAGACCUUCCUGAUGCACACAGAGGGCGUCUAGAGGAAAACCCGGGCACUGGGCUAUUAAAUGUGAAGGAAGAGGAUGCGACAGAUGACAUGAAUAGUCAUCAGACUGAAAUAUAUUGCUCCCUUCCUGCCGAUGAAGAUAACACUGAUAUAGUGAAAGUUGAGAUAACAGAAGAUCUGUGUGUGAGGCAUCAGCUGGAAGCACCAGAUGAGGAAACCAGUGACAGCAUCAGCCCAGGCCGUAUGGAUGUGACGCCUUUAGAGGGCUCAGCGGUUGAGCUCAGAGGAGAACCGUAUUUGUGUGAUCACAUAAAGACUGAGGAGGAUGAAGUUCCUAUCAAUACGGCUACAGGUGAUGUUAAGACUGAAGUCACAAUUAAUGCUGAACAGACUGAUGAUCUGGAAGCUCUGAAGCAGGAAAUCAGUGACAAUAUCAGUACAGAUGAAUUUACAAAUUGCAGUAAUCAUAGUCCUAGCCAUGGUGAAAAUACAGAUACUUGUUUCAAUCUUCAAAAUCAAAGAAAUAUGGAAAAUUUAUGUUCUGAAUAUGGGAAAUGUUUUACCAGAAAACCAAAUGUUUUAAGACAUCAGAAAAUUCGAACAGGAGAGAAAGCAUUUUCUUGUUCUGAAUGUGAGACGUGGUUUACUGUGAAAUCAAAUUUUAUUAGACAUCAGAAAAUUCAUACAGGAGAGGAAGCAUUUUCAUGUUCUGAAUGUGGGAAAUGUUUUACUGAAAAAUCCCAUCUUAUUACACAUCAGAAAAUUCAUACAGGAGAGAAAGCAUUUUCAUGUUCUGAAUGUGGAAAAUGUUUUACUAAAAAAUCCCAUCUUAUUACACAUCAGAAAAUUCAUACGGGAGAGAAAGCAUUUUCAUGUUCUGAAUGUGGGAAAUGUUUUCGCCAGAAAUCACAUCUUCUUGGACAUCAGAAAAUUCAUACAGGCGAGAAAGCAUUUUCAUGUUCUGAAUGUGGGAAAUGUUUUACUGAAAAAUCAACUCUUAUUACACAUCAGAAAAAUCAUACAGGAGAGAAAGCAUUUCCAUGUUUUGAAUGUGGGAAAUGUUUUACUACAAAAUCAGAUCUUAUUAGACAUCAGAAAUUUCAUACAGGAGAGAAAGCAUUUUCAUGUUCUGAAUGUGGGAAAUGUUUUACUACAAAAUCAGAUCUUAUUAGACAUCAGAAAAUUCAUACAGGAGAGAAAGCAUUUUCAUGUUCUGAAUGUGGGAAAUGUUUUAUUAAAAAAUCAGAUCUUAUUAGACAUCAGAAAAUUCAUACAGGAGAGAAAGCAUUUUCAUGUUCUGAAUGUGGGAAAUGUUUUACUCAAAAAUCAACUCUUAUUACACAUCAGAAAAUUCAUACAGGAGAGAAAGCAUUUUCAUGUUCUGAAUGUGGGAAAUGUUUUACUGAAAAAUCAACUCUUAUUACACAUCAGAAAAUUCGUACAGGAGAGAAAGCAUUUUCAUGUUCUGAAUGUUGGAAAUGUUUUACUGAAAAAUCAACUCUUAUUACACAGAAAAUUCAUACAGGAGAGAAAGCAUUUUCAUGUUUGCAAUGUGGGAAAUGUUUUAGGCAGAAAUCACAUCUUCUUGGACAUCAGAAAAUUCAUACAGGAGAGAAACCAUUUUCAUGUUUGCAAUGUGGGAAAUGUUUUAGGCAGAAAUCACAUCUUCUUGGACAUCAGAAAAUUCAUACAGGAGAGAAACCAUUUUCAUGUUUGCAAUGUGGGAAAUGUUUUAGGCAGAAAUCCCAUCUUCUUGGACAUCAGAAAAUUCAUACAUGAGAGAAAGCAUUUGCAUGUGUUGAAUGUGGGGUACGUUUUACUCUAAAAUCACAUUUUACUACACAUCAGACAAAGCAUUUUCAUGUUCUGAAUGUGAGAAGUGUUUUACUGACAAAUCAACUCUUAUUAAACAUCAGAGAAUUCA